AUGGGAAGAUGGGAAGAUGGAAUUAAAAGCGCCCUGGGCACUGAGCCUCAGCUCAUACGGAACGCGGGCUACCCAGCUGAAAGGCAUCACGCGAGGACUGCCGACGGUUACGUGCUGCAGAUGCACAGGAUACGGGCCGGUGGACGCGCCAAGGGUGCCCGUGACACCAAAGCCAAGAGGGCUGUGCUGCUAGUCCAUGGCCUGUUCGGCUGCAGCAGUAACUUUGUCAUCAUGGGACCGGACAGGAGUUUGGGGUACAUUCUGGCGGACGCUGGAUACGAUGUUUGGUUGGGAAAUCUCCGAGGAAAUUUACACACUACGCAUCGGAAUCUAACCAGGGACAACCCUAAGUUUUGGGACUACAGUUUCCACGAGCACGGUAAAUACGACGUGCCGGCGCUAAUCGAUGAGGUCCUGUCCGUCACCGGUCUACCGCGGCUGCUGUAUAUCGGCCACUCGAUGGGCACCACCAGCUUCUUCGCGGCCAUGUCCCUAAGGCCGGAGUAUAAUAAGAAAGUGCUGGCGGCCGUGGCCCUCGCACCGGCGGUGUACUUGGACAACAUGAAGCCAUUGGCCGAAAUGCUGAUAAAGAGGAUUGAGUUGAGCAAGUUGAUGCGAUCGCACGGAAUCAUAUCUGCGUCGCUGCAGCCCGAGCUGCAGGAUCUCGUGAUUUCGAGCCUCUGCUCUUCGAAAGACUUGAGGAACAACAUCUGCGUCCAACUGCUGCAGGACAUCGCCGGAGAGGACUACGAGCAAACAGACCCGGAAGUCAUGAUGGAACUGAUGAGCAGACUUCAGCCCGCGUCUUGGCGGCAGUUGGAGCACUUUGGCAAAAUCGCACUGACCAGUGUGUUCACGUCGUGGGGAGACGGGGUUAAUGGCAUGCCGAGACCCUACAAUCUGACCAGCGUGAGAGUACCAGUUCUGUUACUUUACGGUGAGAAUGACCGGCUGACGGAGAAAUCUCAAGUGAUGCGCCUAGCCGAGGAGCUACAGGGAACCGGUAUGCUGGAGGCCGUUCGCCCGGGCUGCACCUGGCCGAAGUUCAACCACGUGGACUUCAUAUUCGCGAAGGACCUCGGCACCCUACUGAACAGGCCUCUACUGAAGCACAUCGACAGGCUGUUCAAGAAAUAUUCCGCGCCG